CAAAUGAUGUUAUUGUGUAAUAUAUGUUGUAUAUGACCCGUAAGGUGGAGGAGCCAGCCGCGACUGUGAGAUACAGCAAGAGGUUCUUAAAGUGAAUCUAAGUUUCAACCACAAUCUCCUUUCUCCUCACACAAAACCCCAUCAGACAGCUCCUUGGGGUGUAGAGGGGUGCAGGCGUGCAGUGGGAGUGGGUUACAUAUGUGUGUGUGUGUGUGUGUGUGUGUGCACGCUAAACCAGAGCUUUCUAUACAGUGAUUAGAGCAUCAAUUGCUGUCGAAAUCCACUCCAGCCUGUACGAUUGGUUACUGGUUUGGUGACUCAUACGAUCAGAGGCGCUGUGGUAAACCUAUAACGAAUCAUAUCUAAUUUCAGAUUUCCUCAUAUCAGAAUAUUAGCAUGAUGCCAUAGAUGACUAAAACAUACCUAAAGCGGACCUAUAGGUUCACCACUGAGUGCCACGGACACACCGUGAUCCUCUCGUUUCACACUGGAAAUGUCACAUUUUUGCGUUUUUCUUGCGUUUGCUGAAGGACCCCACAGCCUGUAGACACCUCACAUAAAAUGGAGAUCCCAAACGCAUGUAGCCACUAUAAUAUAAUUGAUGAUAAGAGAGAUAGUGUGCGCUCUAUUUAUAAUUUGUGCGCGUAACGGUGCGUCUCUCCGUCAUUAGCCAAUGUGCAUCCAUCUGGUCGCACUGCAUCAGCUGCCACGGCGGGGCUUGUGUGGACGUCACAGAUCUCUCUCUCUCUCUCUCUCUCUCUCUCCUUUCCUCACCUUGCCCUUCUCGUUUUUUUGUUCUGCCAGAGCAUCUCUCUCGUUCUGCUCUCUCCCUCUCUCUCUCCCUCUCUCCACCGCCCACUCCACUCACCGCCGCCUCGCCGGCUUCUUCGCCUCACCACAUCGCCCGCUGCCCCCUUUUUCUGCAUUUUUUAAGGGAGAAGAAACCGCACAUUUUGCACCGGAAAAAAAAAAAAAAUAGAUCAACAUGGCGAGCACCGAGGAUAAACCAGCCAACAAGGAGAACACGUCCAGCUGGAAGGACUCCAUCUACAACCCGAGGACCGGGGAGCUGAUGGGUCGCACGGCCAGCAGCUGGGCCCUCAUCCUGUUGUUCUACCUGGUUUUCUACUGUUUCUUGGCUGGUAUGUUCGCCCUGACCAUGUGGGUGCUGCUGCUCACUCUGGAUGACUAUGUGCCAAAGUACAGAGACCGCGUCCCCUAUCCAGGAUUGAUGAUUCGCCCAAAUUCACUGGAUAUCAUGUUUAACAAAUCUGACACGUUGAAGUAUGAACAGUAUGUCAAAACCUUGGAGAACUUUCUGCAAAGAUAUAACGAUACAGAGCAGGAGAAGAACAAGGACUGCAUACAGGGAGAGUAUUUUGAGCAGAACAACAACGAGGAAAUGACAAAGGAAGCUUGUCGCUUCAAGAGGAGCCUCCUGAGUCUCUGCUCCGGCCUCUCUGACACCAGCUUUGGCUAUUCUGAGGGAAAACCUUGUGUGCUGCUGAAAAUGAACAGGAUCAUCGGCCUGAAGCCCCGUGGGGAUCCCUACAUCAACUGCACAGUAAAAAGAGAGACCCCAAUCCAAAUGCAGUAUUUCCCCAGUGAGGGGCGUAUUGAUAAGAUGUAUUUCCCCUACUACGGCAAGAAAGCCCAUGAGAGUUACGUGCAGCCCCUGGUGGCUGUGAAGCUGCUGCUCACCAAGGAGGACUUCAACAAGGAGCUGUCGGUGGAGUGCAGGGUAGAGGGCUCUGACCUUCGCAACAACGACGAAAGGGACAAGUUCCUGGGCCGCAUCACCUUCAGGAUCAAGGUAGUCGAGUAAAAGAGAAGACGGCCGGUAAAAAGGAAACCUGAUGCAGAGGCUGCCAACGUUUGCUAAGGAUUUAUGUUCAAAAAUCUGAAAGAAAAAAAAAAUGAGAGGAAGGAAGUGUCAAAUACGUCACAAAGACGCCAUAUAUUAUUGGGGUGUGGCCAAACUGUUUGAUGCAGAUUGGUUUGGUUUCCAGUAGGACAGCCAGUUAGAUGCAGAAAUUGAAUGUUGCUUUGAUGACAUUUCUGACCCUUCUUUCCUUCAUUAUUCCUUGCUGACCUCCUCAAAGAUUCCCAGAACAAGACACAGGCUCUGCUCCCCUGACCCCAUCCAUCCACCCUUUCAUUCACCUGUUGCACUGUUCAUUCCUCACUCAGUUAAUCUUUUUUAUUUUAUUUUUAGCAUUGAUGUGAUUAGAGAAUUUAUAGCCAUUGCAACCAAGCCAUUUGGAGCUGUCGUGUAAUUGCUGAAACAACUUUUUUUGAAAUGUUUUUAGAUCUUCCUUCUGUCAGGAAGAGAGUGUUGUUUUCAUCUCUCCAAGCUGUAUGAACGACUGUGUUAGCACUGGUGUUGAGAGGAUUUUUAUCUUGCUGUAUAGUACAAUUGAGAAAGUGACAUUUCCGACAUAUCUCCAGAGUAUUCAUA